UAAUGUUUCAUUUGAUUAAUCGAUUAAAUGGAUCUUAUUUAUUUAUCUACUAACUAAUAUAUCUAUAAUUCGCAAUAUAUCACGAUUAGUUAAAAUGUUUCUCUAUGGCGUAUCUUGAUGUAUCGUUGCGUAGUUAUUUGUACGUCGAGUCUCUCCACGUAGUUUCUGUGAGUUGCGACAUUACAAAUAAUGACAAAAAUAAUAGAAUUACGUCCUAAUAGAUCUCUUUUAAAUCCACGUUUUGAAAAAUAUCAAUUCUCUCCAGACGUCGUUCCUGUGAAAUCUGAAAUAAGUUUGGAGAAUGAUGUAUUUAGGUUAGAAUUGAGUCCCGAUCAAGAAUCUUGGUUGGAGGUAAGAUUAUUUGCACUUCACAAUCAUUUAUUUAAAAAUCCUUAUGAUACAUCAUGUUGGUUUGUGGAUAAAGAAUAUAUAGUUUGGCGACUGAGUAAAAAUGGAUCUCUCCAAAAAAUAUAUAAAUUAUGUAUUUCUAAUGCCAAAUCAUCAAAAUCAUUAUACAAUCCAUCAAUUGGAUUUACUGUCAACAAUACUGUAGUAAUCUCUAAUGGAGGUAACAGCCUCCAUUUAUUAAAAGAAGAUAAAUCUGGCCAUGUUAAAGCAUUUCUAUUAGAAGAAGCAGAGCCUGGAGUUAUUUUAGAUGUCCAAUAUGUGCAAACUAAAUCUCAAGUUAUUGUUACAUUAUCAUCUGUUGCUGAUGAUAAUGGGAAAAAGUGUACAAAGCUUUUAUUAUUAUUUUAUACUUGGCAACAAUCUGACAAAAAUCAAGAAACUUUUCAUUUAUGUAACAAACAAGUAUUAAAGGUACGAGGUACCGUAGAAUAUGUAUUUAUAGAAGAAAAUGGUGACCAUUUACAUUCCAUUUGUCAAAAUAAUGUAACUUUUGAAUCUAACAAUCAGACAAUCACAGAAAAUAGUAUAACAGACAUAGGCGAUAGAGAACAUAUAAAAAUCCCUAAAUAUUGUUGGUCUCAAGAUGAAGAUUCACUCACAGUUUGGAUUAAAAUACCUGAGAAAUAUUAUCAAAGUCAGGCAAAAGUUAAUGUAAAAUCAACUGAAAUAUCAAUUACUGUAAAUGAUAAUGUUUUAAUACAAGGUGAAUGUCAACACAGAUUAGAUGAGAAACUUACAACUUGGAAACAUGAGAAGGACACAUUACAAUUGGAUUUAGUAAAGUUUGAAAGUGGUUUAAUGUGGAAUGAGUUAAUUAAAGGUGAUACAGGGGGUGAAUGUUUGUCAAAUGAAUCAUUAGCAGCUGAAAUUCAUUCUAGAUUAGCCCAUUUAUGUUCUGAAAAUUCAGAUGCACCUGGUGGAGAAGGUCAACCAUAUUUAGGAUUUAAUUCUGAACAAUUGGAAGAAUGUGAUAUAGAAGGGAAAGACAACAUUCUGCAAAGAAUAAAUCUUAUAUCGCAAAAAACAACACAUCUAGCUACUCUUGGAACAAACAAUCAUGUAUUAUUUACAUAUAAAAUGAAAUUUGGACAGGCAAUAUGUCUUAGACACGAUCAUGAUGGCUGUCUUUGGAUUACUGAUAUUGUAGAAGACAAUAUAUGGAAUAUAAAACAUACUACAACAUUCCCAGGUUUUGGGUAUGUUGAAGCAAGUAAAAGUAAUAAAAAAUUUUGUGUAUGUUCUCCAGAUGGUUCUUAUGUUGCCAUAAUAGAACAUACAAGACAUGUUUUUCUUUAUGAAAAACCUGAAAGUGGUUCUGAGAUAAGUAAACAAUGGAUUGUAGAUCUGGAAUGUGACUCUUCAUCUUCUAUCAUAAUGGGAGCAGUUGCUACAAAUAAAUACUUAAUAAUACUUACUAAAAACAAAUUGUAUCAUUUACAAAUUUAUCCAUAAAAUUUUAUACUUUUUACUAUAGUCUGUACAUAUUGAUAUUUUAUGUAUACAUAAACUAUGUAUAAAUCGUGUGACGCACUUAUGUGAAUAAACGUGUAUACACACGCGCGCGCGCGUGCGCGUAUACAAUAAAUAAUCUACUUAAACUGUUUUAA